CGCCAACACCAAGCGACACGUCCAGGUAAAUGCAACUUGAAUGGGUGCAAUGGCGACGACGACGAGUUCCCGACGAGGCAGGACACCUGCAGCACCCCCAGCAUUGCCCCCAUCGAAUGAGGAGAUGGACAUUGAUGAUUUGGCCGCGUUCCCCUACGGCUUGGCAUGGAACGACCAAAUCGAGCACUACAUGCCGCCCAACUUUCCGCUACUUCCCCAGUUGACGCCAUCCAGGAUAGCGUUGUGUCGGCGGUCGUGGGCCCAACUUCACGCUGCGUCUACACCUGCCAUGAAGCCGUACGAUCGCCCCGGCAUUGUUCUCGUUUACGAAGAGUUUUUCUACCGGCUCGUCCAACGCGACACAACCAUUACCAGGGUCUUUCCCACGGCGAAGAAGCAGGGCGAGGUGUUGAUCAGUGCGAUUCAAUUCAUCCUUUCGUCGAAUGCAGAUACACCACAGGACGUCGCGGCUGUGGCCAGUCGAAGUCGCUUCCUCGGCCAUCGGCAUCGAUCGUUUCCAAAUGUGCGACCCCACCACUUUGCCAUGUAUACGUCCACAUGCGUCGAAGUCAUCAUGUUCUGGCUGGGAGACAUGGCGUCGCCAGACAUCGGCGCUGCAUGGUCCAACACAGCCGGGUUCGUAUUGAAGCAUUUACUGGAACCGUUUCUCUAUGAACGUACAGAUCCGUACGAAUGUUAUCAAAACAUAACAGUCUCUGCCACGCGGAAAGUCGAAGAAACCAGGAUUCACAACUUCUCCGACACCGCGUCGUCGUCGACUUACACCAAGACUCGACCGGGCAUGAAAUCUACGUCGGCAUGGAAAGCCCUUCGCAAUUCAACAGCGCCAAAACACACGACCAAGAUGCCACGCAUCGCUGUGACAUCGUUGAUGAUGAACGAGGCUCGAAAAGCCAGAGGGGCCACCGUGUCCAGUCCCAACAACACGUCGUCAAUACCAUAGUUAUGCUCACCUACUGUAUGGCUUUAGCAGCUUUAAUACGGUCGCGUGUUCCGUCAUACAACCGGGUAGUACAACACAAUUCUUGCUUGCUA